CUGCAACGGGGAGGAGACUGCCUGACCCCAGGGAUUUCUCAUUCUGUACAGCGGAGAUUACCGGGUCAGACUGCCUCUCUGAAUACCUCCUCCUGUCUCUGCCAGGAUUAUUAACUGCUAGAUAUGUCCUUCUUGUUUAGCUGGAUCUACAGUGGUUUCAGCAGUGUGCUGCAAUUUUUAGGUUUUUACAAGAAAAAUGGAAAAUUAGUAUUUUUAGGGUUGGAUAAUGCUGGGAAAACCACAUUGCUACAAAUGCUUAAAGAUGGACGAAUGGGUCAAUAUGUUCCUACACUUCAUCCAACAUCAGAAGAAUUGACAAUUGCUGGGAUGACGUUCACUACAUUUGAUUUAGGUGGACAUGCACAAGCACGCAGAGUAUGGAAAAACUACCUCCCUGCCAUUAACGGCAUUGUGUUUCUCAUUGACUGUGCUGAUCAUGAUCGGCUUACUGAAUCUAAAGUGGAACUUGAUGCUCUACUUGCAGAUGAAACCAUUGCCAGUGUUCCAGUCCUGCUGCUUGGCAACAAGAUUGAUAGACCAGAAGCCAUCAGUGAAGAAAGGCUACUGCACACAUUCGGACUUUACGGGCAUACUACAGGGAAGGGGAAAGUACCGCAGAAGCAGCUAAACUCCAGACCUAUUGAAGUGUUUAUGUGCAGCAUAUUGAAGAGACAAGGCUAUGGGGAAGGAUUCCGUUGGCUAUCACAGUACAUUGACUAACAUUAAAAAAGGAAUUUAUACUUAAUUCUCUUUUUUUUUUAUUUAAUUAAGAUUUUAUAACUGUAAUUAAAUUCCUAUAUACCAGUGUCAUUUCAAAAAGUUAUGA